AAACACCUUUUUCCUACCCUAGAAGGAUAAAUCAACCGUUGAGUUUUAAUAUAAGAGAAUAGACAUGUCCGACGACGAUCUGGAUAUCUUCUUUGAAUACGAGUACGACCAGGAAGAUGACUUGGACGAGUCGUCCUUUUGCUUCAGCAGCGAUGGCGAAGACGAUGUUAUGUUUGACGUUGAUGGCGAGAAUUCCGAUACGCCGCAGACGAAAAUUCUGGACACGUUGGCUAAUGUCGGUGCCAAUGGGACGUUGUACUAUCCCUGGAAUGUGGAGCAGUUUAUCGAGAACAAACUCCUUGCCAAGCUUGACAAGUUGGCUAAUGGGACGUUGACUGCUUGUUCGAUUGAUGAAUUAUUGAUCAUGUUGCAAGUGAAAGGAUGGCAAGAGGACGAAGUCUUGAAUGAUUAUUUUGACAAUCGUGAUAAGUUGUAUGAAGCGUGUGGGUUGCCCGUUGGUGUUCCUAUGAGGAACACAUUGAAGAAGAUAAAGAACUACUCAUGUUUUGUUUGUUGUGAAGACUACUCGGAAACAUAUGUUUAUUCGUUGACUUGUGGUCAUACCUAUUGCAUAAAUUGCUACUAUCUGUACAUUUCCAAUGAGCUUGCCAAUGGAGGGCCUAUAACGUGUAUUGAACCUGAUUGCAAGUAUACCAUUCCAUAUCGGGAUGUGACUGAUAUUUUUGACAUUGUGAAUAAGACGAACCAUGGUGGGGUUACAACAAUUAAAAGCAUGGUAGAGAAUCCGUUGUUGGUAGCGAACACCAAGGCAAUGAUAAAUUCGAAACGGAAAUACAAGUGGUGUCCCGCUACUGAUUGUAACGGGUUUGCUGAGUUGGUGGGCAAUGUCAAUGACUCUGUCGAAAGUCUAAGCAGUGCAAAGGAAUCAGUUGAUAUUUCCAAAGUUCCUAUAGUGACGUGUUCGGAAAAUCACGAAUUUUGCUUUGAUUGCAAUUAUGAAAAUCACUUGCCCUGUCCCUGUUGGAUUGUUAAAAAGUGGAUUAAAAAAUGUAAUGACGAUUCUGAGACGGCUAAUUGGAUAGAUGCAAAUACACACGGAUGUCCCCAGUGUCAAUCGGCGAUUGAAAAGAAUGGUGGAUGUAACCACAUGACAUGUAAAAAGUGCAAGUUUGAGUUUUGUUGGAUUUGUUUUGAAGAUUGGAAGAAGCAUCGUAAUGAUUAUUAUUCUUGUAAUAAAUACCGAAACGAAAGACAAGAAGAUGAACAACGAAAGAACCGAAGUAAACAGAGUUUGGAGAGGUACUUACAUUUCUAUAAGAGAUUUGCCAUUCAUGAAAACUCGAUGAAGGGGGAUUUGAAAACCAUGGCCCAGAUUGAUACAUACACACGAUUAUACAUGGAGGAUUUGCGGGACCAAGGGAAGAAGAACUUGUCGUGGAAUGAUAUCCAGUUUUUGCCCACGGCUAUGCGAGCACUUCAGAAUGGGAGAAAGGCGUUGAAGUGGACCUAUUGUUUUGCAUACUAUUUGGGGAAAUCAAAUUUUGCAACUAUAUUUGAAGGGAACCAGGAUUUUCUUAAUAAAACUGUAGAGGAUUUGUCCGAGGUGUUUGAACAAAUUAUGAGUAAAAAGAAUCCCGAUAAAGUGGGGAUGAUUUUGAAGAAUAAGACCAAGUUGAGGAACUUAAGUGAAUUGGUUAAUUCGAGGAAAAAUAUGUUGAUUAAUGGUGCCAGGGCCAAUCUUGAUGAUGGCCUUCUUUGGUUUGAUAACGAAAUUUGAUUGGCUGGAGGUCACGUGGAGAUAAGCGUAAAUUAAUAAAUUAGUUUAUUAAUGGGAUCCCCCUUGGUGGAGUAUAUUGAGUAAGGUAUGUAAUUGUAAAUAAAAUUAUUCCCGGUUAUAUCGUAAGGAGCUGAAUGACGUUCUUUGCAGACUGUAGUAUAAAAAAAAAAUUUGCAGUAGGUGAUGACGUAAACUGGAAAGUCAUGAGGCUUGAUGACAUAGCUAGAAAACUAGCAUAUCUAUAGCCUAACAUAUAUCUAUAACUCUAGCCCGGGUGUAAUAUAGCUUUUGUACCACACUAUCUAUGUCAUAGUAAUAGAAUCAUACGAUACCCCAUGCUUAGUUUAUAAG